CCUCCGGGAGUCAACUGCCAUGUCCUGUGUCAUGUAGCCAAUUUCUCUCGGUAAUAGACGGAGUAGUCACUCAAUUUGCACGCGUAAUACAGUCUUAUAAAAAUAUAAACUAUGGGGGUUUUGUGUUUGGCCAGGGGAGCGUUCAAGUCCGCCGGUUGUCUCGGUGUUCAUGCCAGAAAAUACACCGGUCGGUAUUUGUGCGUAACAUUUCUCUCUGGUAGUUCAGCACCAGCAGGGAUCCCUGUCAGGAGGUACAGCCAGGAGACGGGUAACGGUAGAGAUGCCCCUGGACAAUUUGUGUGCUAUCACCUUCCCCACAGGACUUUACUGAAGCUCCAGGGACAAGACACAAGCCCGUUUCUUCAGGGGAUUAUAACCAACGACAUGGGGCUGCUGGAUGAGCCAGGGCACACAGCCAUGUACUCACAUAUGCUAAAUGUACAAGGAAGGACACUAUAUGACAUCAUGUUGUACAGUCUGAAAGAUGCUGAUGAAGGACACGGUGUUUUCCUGGAGUGUGAUUGCACGAUUAAGGACUCAGUUUUAAAACAUUUAAAGGUGUACAAACUUCGCAGAAAGGUCAACAUAAACCCCUGUCCAGAGCUCUCUGUAUGGGCAGUGCUUCCCAAGCAGAAGAAUGCAGGUCAAGAGGCCAGUAAACCAGAGCUGUCCUGCCCUGACAAAGCUCUGGUAUGGGAGACUGAUCCUCGAACUCAGGAAAUGGGCUGGAGAUUGGUCUUGGAUAGUGAAGUGGACCCUUUGGAUAUCAUUGCGUCAUGUCGGAAAGGUGACACAGAGGAGUAUCACAGACAUCGUUACGCAAUAGGACUUCCUGAGGGAGUGAAGGACCUUCCCCCUGGGGUGGCGCUACCACUAGAGUCAAACCUUGUUUACAUGCAGGGUAUUAGCUUCAGCAAGGGCUGCUACAUUGGCCAGGAGCUCACAGCCAGGACUCAUCACACUGGGGUGAUUCGGAAACGCCUGAUGCCAGUACACUUGUCAGCUCCAGUCCAAGACCUCGAGGAAGGAGUUGCGCUGCAAACACAGUCGGGCAAGCCAGCUGGGAAGCACCGAGCAGGGGUGGGAGAGCUGGGUCUGAGCCUAAUCCGCAUGGCUCAUGCCAAAGAGGUGUUGACACUCAAAUCUUCUGACGACACUACAGUAACACUGGAGGCUUCUGUGCCAGAGUGGUGGCCUAAAGACGUGAAAAUCAAUUGAAGAGGACGUUUCAGAGAUCCCUCAAAUGUGACAUGCAUCACAUCUGACAGACUUCUCAUAGACAGCAUGUUACACUGUCAUUGCUUAGCAGCUGUGUGGCACUAAUUCAUACCUGUGAGUAUUUUUGUUUGCAAUAAAACCUACUUUUAGAGUGAUUAUUUUCCCAAGUUGUUAAGUAUUACUUACCACAGAAUUAUGCUAUUUAACAGAUUUAUUGCAGCACUGCACAACAGGAUGUACCAGCUGUGAUGUGAUAUUGGUGGUUGUUGAAUAAAUAUGCAAAAUA